AAUUGGGCGACACUAGAGUCAAGCGGCUGCAAAAUCCUCCACCCACAGCCAUCGCCCUGGUCUCCUAAACGUCUUACUUGACCCACUUCUUGCAUCUCUGGUCGUCCCAGGAGAAGAUGGAGGAACUUGGAGUCGGUGGAAAGGAAACUUUGCACUCUUCCUGAGGAUUAAUGAGCAUUUCAAAACCGCAGCUGUUCGCCUGAAACAUUCCAGAAGUUUCUUUUGGGAGCGUGAGAAGAAGUUGUAGGAUGAUGCCUGUGGCAGGUUCUUUUUAUCCGGACACAAGGGAGGACAGCAACAGUCAAAACUCUACAACCAUGUGCAUCUCCAGUUUUUCUUCGAUAUGAAGAAGUCCACAAACUGUAAAUGAUCUUCUCAAAAGGUCAAAGUUAGUCAGAGACUCAACCUUUCUCCAAAAUCUUGUAUUCUAAGGAAGCAGGAUGGCGAGGAACAGGAAACUCCUUGGUGUUUUGGGAUUUUUCUACUUAUGGGCCAGUGUCCAGGCUCAGAUAAAGAUCUCACCUGAGACAGUGCAGCAGUGGGCGUCUGUGCUGUCCACACAACUCAGAGACGUCACAACUAAAUACUCUGGCUCGCUGCUCCUGCAGAAGAAACUUAAGGAUGUGGAGUCCAUCGUGAAGAUAGUAGAGCUGGAUGGAAAUGACUUGGUGAAAGACUUCUCUGAUGAAAUUGAGAGAAUGUUGGGGAGCAAGAUGAAGUCAGUGAAGAGACUUGCUGAAUCAGCAGAAGAUGCCGACCUGUACCACGAAUACAACUCCUCCCUACAGUUUGAUUACUACAACUCCAUGUUGAUCAACGCUGUGGAUGAAGAUGGGAACUAUUUUGAUUUGGGUGGUGAAUUUCUGCUGGAGGAGAAUGAACACUUCAACAACCUGCCAGUGAACACUCAGCAGAGCAACAUCCAGGUCCCAACCAAUGUCUACAAUAAAGAUCCCAACAUCCUCAAUGCCAUUUACAACUCAGAAGGUUUAAAUGAGGUGUUCAUGUCUAACUUCCAGAAGGAUCCGACGCUCACUUGGCAGUAUUUUGGCAGCAGCACAGGAUUCUUCCGGAUUUAUCCUGGUAUCAAAUGGACACCUGACGCCAACGGAGUGGCAGCUUUUGACUGCAGGAACAGAAACUGGUACAUCCAGGCAGCCACUUCCCCCAAAGACAUCAUCAUUGUGGUGGACAUCAGCGGCAGCAUGAAGGGACUGAAGAUGACCAUCGCCAAACACACCAUCAACACCAUCCUGGACACACUGGGAGAGAACGACUUUGUCAACGUUAUUGCUUACACUGACUAUGUGCGUUAUGUGGAGCCAUGCUUUAAGGGAACCCUGGUGCAAGCCGACUUGGACACCAGAGAGCACUUCAAGGUGUUGGUGGAUGAGAUACAUGUAAAGGGAGAGGCUAAGAUCAAGAACGCCAUGAAGGAGUCCUUCAAAAUUCUCAAUGAGGCCCGGGCGAAUGGUCAGGGCAGUAUGUGUAACCAGGCCAUCAUGUUGAUCACAGACGGAGCAAUGGAGGACUUUGAAUCCAUCUUUGAGGAGUUCAAUUGGCCAGAUCGCAGGGUGAGAGUCUUUACCUACCUGAUCGGCAGAGAGAUGACGUUUGCCCAGAACACCAAGUGGAUCGCCUGCAAUAACAAAGGUUAUUACACCCAUAUAUCCACACUGGCUGACGUGCAGGAGAACGUCAUGGAGUACCUGCAUGUGCUCAGCAGACCUAUGGUCAUCAACCAUGACCAUGACAUCAUCUGGACCGAGGCCUAUAUGGACACGGUGCUUCCAAAUACUGAGGAGCUCUUCAGCACCAAAUCUCAAAGUCUCCUACUGAUGACUUCGGUGGCCAUGCCAGUGUUCAGCAAGAAGAAGGAGACGCUUUCCCAUGGCAUCCUUCUGGGUGUGGUCGGCACAGACGUUCCACUUCUAGAAGUGAUGAAACUGGCACCGCUGUAUAUGGUGGGGCCUCAUGGUUAUGCCUUUCUCAUUACCAACAAUGGUUACAUCCUGGCACACCCUGACCUUCGUCCCCUGUACAAAGAUGGAAAGAAGUUAAAGAUGAAGCCGAACUACAACAGUGUUGACCUGUCGGAGGUGGAGUGGGCGGACACAGAUGAUCUGCUCAGGACUGCCAUGGUAAGAGGAGAGACAGGCAGCCUAAGUCUGGACGUCAGGGCAUCGGUGGAUAAAGGGAAACGUCCUUUAUACCUGGUGAAUGAGUAUUUCUACACCAACAUUGAUGACACUCCUUUCAGCUUCGGCAUGGUGCUGACAAAAGGUCACGGAAAGCUGAUAUUUUUGGGAAACGUGUCUGUGGAGGAAGGCCUUCAUGAUUUAACCUCUCCAGAUCUGAGCAUCGCCACCGAGUGGACCUACUGUGAGACAGACAUCGAUCCCAGCCACAGAAAAUACUCCCAGCUUCAGGCGGCCAUCCGUUACCUGCAGGGGAAAGAGCCUGAUCUGGAGUGCAAUGAGCUUCUGCUUCAACAAACUUUAUUUGAUGCCGUGGUGACGGCACCGAUGGAGGCUUACUGGAACGCCCUGAUGCUCAGUGACAAGAUUGAACCAGGGAUUGAAACAGCUUUCCUGGGGACUCGGUCUGGUCUGAUCAGGAUGACAAGAUACGCUGGUGUGGAGACACGAGUAGCAAAAAAGUUCCUCACACCUUCUGACAAAGAAAACCUGUUCACCAUCGAUCAUUUCCCUCUAUGGUACCGGCUGGCAGUGGAAAACACACCAGGAAGAUUCUACUACUACCCUGUCGUGGAUAAAGGUGUAAAGUUCAUCAUAGCAAUAACUGCUGUGACAGUAUCAUCACAAGGACAAACCGCCAUGGCAGGAGCUAUCGGGUUGCAGAUGUCCUUGGACUUUCUGGAGAAACGGUUCUGGGCCAUUGCCAAACAGGACCCUGACACAGAUUGUUCCAACGUUGAUGGUCUGUGUCCCUUGACCUGUGAGAAUGCCGAUCUCAACUGUUUCCUGGUGGACAACAACGGAUUCAUACUGCUCUCUAAAGAAAGAAAUGAGGUUGGUCGUUUCUUCGGAGAGGUGGACGGGGCGGUCAUGGCUUCGCUGAUAAAGAUGGGAAUGUUCAAUAAAGUGUCUCUGUUCGACUACCAGGCGAUGUGUAAGAACAGUCACCAUCACGCCAGCAGCGCACGGCGGCUCUUCAAUCCGUUCUACGCCUUCUUGGCAAUGAUCCGCUGGUUCUUCACAAACACACUCAUGUUCUUGUUGGACUUCAACUUCUGUGGCCUCUGGCACUCCGAUUACUUCGUGGACGCCAAAGCUGGUUACCACACAUCUCAUAAAACCAAGAAGGUGGACGCCAUGCAGCCGUGUGACACAGCAUACCCCGGCUUCCUGUACGACUCCAGUAUCAAGGAAGCCAACAGCCUCAUAAAGUGCGGCCGAUGCCAGAAGAUGUUCGUGGUGCAGCAGGUUCCCGACACCAACCUGGUGAUGGUGGUGACCGAGGCGGACUGCGACUGUUCCCGUCAGUACGGACCCAUUCCCCUCGAGGCCAAGGAGAUCAAAUAUAUCGCCACAGUGAAGUGCAACAGGAUGAAGUCACAGAAAGUGCGACGGCGCCCCACAUCAUGCCACGCAUACCACCCCAAGGAAAACGCCAAGGACUGCGGACGCGCGUCCAGCAUCGCGCUGUCCCUCGUGCUCUUCUGCGGCUCCCUCUCCUUCUCACUGCUCAUCCUCCGCUGGACGUAACCGCGGCGACCCCUCACGCGACCUCAAGUGAAGCAGCGUGACUGAAGACUCGAAUGUGGGACGAGAAAUUUGCGGAUAAAAGGGCUAUUUUAAUGCGUUUUCGACUGUUCGGCAGAGGAGAGAGACUGUUUUGAUUUCAGACGCUCAUUGAGGAUGUGGCGCCCUCUGCUGGGCCAACAUGACGAGUGCAGCUUUUUCUGUCCAAAUGUUGCCAUUACACUUGAAUGUAGUUUUUUAUAUAUAUAUAUAUAGACAGCGGAUGUGUGAGAGUUUUAUAUGAAGCACUAACGUUCACUGAUAUGUGGAGCUCUGAAGAAGCCAAAUAACCUGUCCGUCAUGUAGUCUGAGGCAAACUCGUUCAGAACCCAUGGAACCAGCUUUGACCCAUUGUAGUCGUCGCGCUGCUCUUUGUCGACAUGUGUUCUGGCUUGACUGUUUGACCUCUGCAGCUUUGUGUCAUAUGCGAUUUGUGGUUUUUCUACUGGGAUGCAGGUCAGAUUGUAGAUUCCAGUUGCAGUUUGAUCAAUUCUUAGAUGUGUGACACCGGAACCCAGUGGAGCAUGUUUCUGUUUGUACAGUACUGAAGUUAUUUACUGGAGAAAAUAGCAUUUUUUCACCCCAAAUCUCAAAUGUUUGGCUUUGGAGUUUGGCUGGUCACCGGUUCCAGGAUAUAUUUACCUGCUCACCGCUCCGUCACCAGUAAGUAAAAUGGUUCUGAUCAGAUUUCAUUUCUCACUAACAUGGCGACGGCAUCUCACUGCAGUUCAUGUCAGUCUGAAAGAAGAGCUGGCUGCACCUCCCAGCUGGGAUGUUUGGCUCAGUGAAGGGCUCUGGAUGAUGGGAGGGCUUCACUUCAGAGAGGAAUUGAAAAGGUUGCCUCAUCCCUGAACUGGAGGGGGGGGGGGAAUAUCACAAUUUUUCUAUCAUGUAUUCAUCCGUAUUGUCGAUCACUAAUCAAAACCACUUCUAUUUACCACGGAGGCUGCCAACGUGAAUUCAUUUCUAACCGUGCCAACAUUACUGAAGAACAGAUGCGCGUGUCAAUUUAGCACUGAAUCAGUCAUUUUCACUUUUGUAUCCAAGGUGUAAAAUGGCGAUGCAGGCUACAUCACCUUUAUUUGCUGUUUCUCAAUCACUCAAAAUAACUCUGAACUGAACCUUUCAUAUGGUCAAAGAGGUUCAUACAUCAAUGUUUUUUUUUUGUUCUGAACUGUUCUGCAGAUACAAGCGUCCAGGUGUUUUUAUGAAUGUACAGCAGAGGGCGCUAUUUUUCGCCACAUUUCUGUCGCUCAUCUCAGCUAACUACCUCUUAACUCUGGAGCAUGCAGAAAUAUGAAUAAAACUAGCUCAUGUGAUGGUUAGCCAGGUCGCGUGCGAAUGCACCAAACUUAUCCACAGACUUCAUGUUGGCUUUUACCCAGCGUGUCAUGUGACUGUCUAAGCUUGUGACGUAUUAUAAAUGAAAUAUUCAACAUUGGCUUUUCUUAUAUAUUUAGCUCUGUUAAUGAUUUUCAAACUCAUAUUUAGGAAUUCUUGUGUGUCUGAGACGCACCUGGGUUUUGAGUCUAAAAGUUUUAGAAUUCCGCAUUCAAGUGAAAUCCUUCAAAUUCAACAGCGUUGCAGAACUUUCUCACGUAAAAUGAUUUGUAAUGUCGCUGCAGUUUUUUGUCUUGUCUGCUAGCAAGAGAAAACAAUGAGGGGAUAUGAGUGUGAGCAUUUUAAAAAGCACAAUAUUUAUUUGAAAUUGUGACAUAUUUCAAUAAACUGUCCUUCUG